AUGGAGCCCAGUACCUGUAAGAACAGUGAAUCUGAGGAAGACUAUGUUGAGGAAGAAGAGUCUGAGGAAGAGUGUGUUAGAGAGGAAGCUACCACCCCUAACUCUUCCCAGCAGGCACUUGCAAAAGCUGACUAUAAAGAGUUUGAGAAUGGGGUUACCUUAUCUGUUAUAGCCAAGGAAAUUCCAAAGAAAAUCCUAAGUGCAACAGACACAGAUGAUUUGGAAUUUGGGAGGAGAAAGAGGAAGCGGAAACGAAGACCCCUGGCCAUCAACCUGACCAACUGCAAGUAUGAGAGUGUGCGCCGGGCAGCCCAAAUAUGUGGCCUGAAGGAGGUGGGGGAGGAUGAAGAGUGGACUGUGUACUGGACAGACUGCUCUGUCUCACUGGAACGAGUCAUGGACAUGAAGAGGUUUCAGAAAAUCAACCACUUCCCUGGCAUGACGGAGAUCUGCCGCAAAGAUCUGCUGGCUCGGAACCUCAACCGCAUGCAGAAGCUCUAUCCAACCGAGUACAACAUCUUCCCGCGAACCUGGUGUCUCCCUGCAGACUAUGGGGACUUCCAGGCCUACGGUCGUCAGCGGAAAACCCGCACUUAUAUCUGCAAGCCAGAUAGCGGCUGUCAGGGCCGUGGCAUCUUUAUCACCAGAACCCCCAAGGAAAUCAAGCCAGGAGAGCAUAUGAUCUGCCAGCAGUACAUCACCAAGCCCUUCCUCAUUGAUGGCUUCAAGUUUGACAUGCGAAUCUAUGUUCUGAUCACUUCCUGUGACCCUCUCCGGAUCUUCAUGUAUGAGGAAGGCCUGGCCCGUUUUGCCACCAUGCCGUAUGUGGAACCUAGCCAUAACAACCUGGAGGAUGUCUGCAUGCACCUGACCAACUACGCCAUCAAUAAACACAACGAGAACUUUGUCCGAGACGAUGCUGUGGGCAGUAAGAGGAAGCUGUCGACACUCAAUGCCUGGCUGCGAGAGCACAGCUAUGACCCCCGAGAGCUGUGGGGGGACAUCGAGGACAUCAUCAUCAAAACCAUCAUCUCUGCCCACUCUGUUCUUCGCCACAACUACCGAACCUGUUUCCCCCAAUAUCUGUGUGGAGGUACAUGUGCCUGCUUUGAGAUUCUGGGUUUUGACAUCUUACUGGACCACAAGCUCAAGCCCUGGCUUCUCGAGGUCAACCACUCCCCAAGCUUCACCACAGACUCCCGCCUGGACCGAGAGGUGAAAGACGCACUUCUCUGUGAUGCUAUGAACCUUGUCAACCUCCGGGGCUGCGACAAGAAAAAGGUGAUUGAAGAAGACAAGCGACGAGUCAAGGAGCGGCUUUUCCCAUGUCACCAACAGCCACGAGAAGCCAGGCGAGAACAGAUUGAGUCAUCCCAGGCUGCCAUGCAGGACCAGGAACGAUAUGAAGAUUCCCACCUAGGGGGCUACCGGCGGAUCUACCCUGGGCCUGACUCAGAGAAAUAUGCACCCUUCUUCAAGCACAAUGGCUCUCUCUUCCAGGAGACUGCUGCCUCCAAGGCCAGAGAGGAGUGUGCCAGGCAGCAACUGGAAGAGAUUCGUCAAAAGCAGGAACAGCAGGAGAACCCAGGCACCAAAAAGCGAAAGGAAAACAAGGACCAGAACCAGGGUGAAUCAGCUGGGGAGAAAAGCCGAUCCAGAACAGGAACACGGAGCCUUAUCACCAACUUGGCUUAUAGGAACCGGAACCGGGAGAAAGAGCUGAUCCCAGUACACAUGGACUCCAUGCAGCCUCAGGACAUUGUGGAAGAAGAAGAGCUUGAGCGGAUGAAGCUCCUGUUACAAAGAGAGAAUCUUAUCCGAAGCCUGGGUAUUGUAGAGCAGCUCACCCGCAUGCUGUACCCCAGCCACCGGGGCCACAGAAAGCUUCAUGAGUAUCGGCCUAGAUUUCACCAGGACGGGCUGGGCAGUCAGGAACUGCAACCUGUGAAUUUGGUCCCAUUGGUGUUCCUGAGAGGGGCUGCCACAGAACAGGUCCCUCCUCAUUUCCUGCAACCACUUCGGCCCCAUGAAUUGAUCCCCAGGAUCUUAGGGCCACUGUCAAGCCUGACUCCCGCAAUUGCACAGCAUUCUCGAUACCAUCUGCAGCCCAAGAGCGUCAACUGGUUAAGAGAUCCAGCAACCAUUGGCCCCUGUUCAUUGUCAAUGAAGAAAUCUGGGAGGCAGUAUUUUUCCAGCUCUAGAGUCAGGCUCACUAGCCAAGGCCAAGCCAGCAGAAGGCUAGAAGCCAUAAACCGAGCCCUGUCAGGAUCAGUGCCACCCACUUUAACCCCAAAGCAGGGCUAUCUUCUCCAGCCCGAAAGACAGCAAAGUGACUCAUGGACCGAAUGCUGCACCUUGCCCUCCAUGGUAAACUCUGAACACAGAGGAGCCAAGGCUGGGAAUAUCACCCUGUGCCCCGCCUCUGCACCAGUGCUGCAGCAUUCCAGCCCACUCCUCAACAUCAUCCAACACAGGUAA